AUGCCUCCAAGAGUAAAGGGAAGAGGCAAAGGUCCCAUGCGUGGGGGACCGUCGACCGCAGGACCAUCUCAUAGACGCACUCCAUCGGCGUCCUUUUCUACCUCUGACUCUCGCGAUUUGUGGGGUCAACCUUUUGAGCCAGCAAGACAUUCCGUCUCACUAAGCUUUUCGCCUUCUUUCCACCCGUCCUUUGGGCCAUUAGUUCCAGACGAGCCCGAACACUCACACCAUUCUCAGCAAUCUCAUCAUUCUCACGAGUCUUAUCAGUCACACCACUCUUUGCAAUCCCAUUCGUUUCACCACUCUGAUUCCCUCUACUCCCCGGGACAGUUUAACCCGAACGACUAUGUUAAUGAUUUUCUUGGUUACAACCCCUUGGGCCCUGAGGACAAUUUCUCUCAAGGGAUGGAAACGGACGAUGAUCCAGAUCCGGAGAUGCAGACCGGAACGCCGGGUCACCCAAUAAGCAUAUCAAGUGGAUCUCCAUUUCAGGGAUCACCUUACCAUGGGCCCGACUCGUUCCAGGAGAAAAUGGCCACAUAUGAUUGGUUCUUUACCCCAUCAUACCAUAACUCUCCAGCCCAACCACCUUUGGUUGAACCACAACUCCAAGCUGUCUCACCGCCGCCACUUCCUGUAGAGGAGCCACCGCAGCAGCCACCACAGCCACCUCCCGAGUCUCCGAGGCAAAGGAGGAACGCGCGUAUGUCCGUACGGGGGGGGACCUCGUUUCAGUUCUCCCCGAGGUUCGAGUUCUUAUCCCCCUAUUCCGGAGGACCCCCAGAUGGGUGGGCCCUCGAAUGCGGCGCCGGAGGUUGA